UUUGUGUCAGACCUUGUUGGCGUUGUUGCCUCAUUGACCGGACUGCUUAUGUUCCAUGAACCCCACCACCGGCCACUCCCAUACCCAACCGGAGUCCGGUGGUCAAGAUUCCGGCGACGCCGUGCAAAAACAAGAUCGGAGACCAUUUACAACUCUGCCUCUUCAAGAAUAGGGUGGAUUACUGUCGAAUUCAUGCCGUUCUCAUCCCAAGAUGUUCUGCUUUUGGGCUACAGUUCCGUCGGCCUGGGCCGCGACGAUGGCUCACCACAAAUCCGAGUGGAUCUGGUGGGAUGACUUGGACGCCGCUUUUUCAAGUUGGGGUUCAUGGAACAGAAUAGGAGCUCCUCAUCUACUUCAAAAGGGGUAGUCCACGGGUGGCUGGACCAAAUGGAGAAGAGGAGUUCUCAAAUUCAUUUUUUGUUUGAUUUUUGGUCUUCUGUGUUUUUUUUGGACUGGUUUUUGUCUUCUCUUUUGGGAGCACAGUAUUGUUCGUAUAGUAGGAUGGAAGAUGGCUUGUCAGUGGAGGUAUAGAAAGGACAUUUUUGUCUUUAACAAAAUAUCAUAUCAACAAUCACUUUUUUAACAAACACUCCAACUUUUACAUUUUAAUUAAAAUCACUUUUAUCUUCAAACACUACCCACUUUUACUUAAAAUCACUUUUCCAAUAAUCUCUUAAAUAAAUCACUUCUGAAAAGCACAAGUUCUUGCAAACACUCCUUAAUCACUGCUUUUGUAUUGGCGAGAGCCAUUUUCUCUACUCGAAGCUGCCAACCGGAAAAGUGUAAACGGCGCGAACAACCCUGUAAAUGGAAACUUCGGUCACCUCGUCGAUGCCCAGUUUCGACGAUUGGGAUCGUCCUUUCACCGAUGUUGAACUCAUUGAAAUCGAGGCUGCAUUUCAAUCUGCCGCCACGAAGCAACACGAUCCCGUCAAGUCCUCCGACCACGAUGUGGACGAUGAUGGUAGUGCCGACAAAAACUGCUCCCGGAGACUGCCCGCCUCACUGUUCUCAAAUUCACUUUAUGUGUCUCCUUUCCAUAGACGUCGCUUUAAGAAUAAUUCUAAAAGGUUUCCAGAAUUAGCCUUCCGAGGGCGUGUUGUGUACAGCAGAACUUCAGUUGAGGCCGAAAAGUCUGCAGCAGAGCUUUUAAGUUUUAUUGAAACCAAAAGGAAAGUAGGAGUGGUUGCUCUUGGACUUGACAUGGAAUGGAAGCCCAGUUUCAAAAGAGGUGUUGCCCCUGGGAAAGCAGCUGUUUUGCAGAUAUGUGGGGAAAUGAGUCAUUGCUAUGUAUUCCAUAUAUGCCAUUCUGGAAUCCCACAAAAUCUGCAGGAACUUCUUGAGAGUUCAUCCGUCGUGAAGGUGGGCUCAAACAUUGCAAAUGAUGCCCGCAAAUUGUUCCUAGAUCAUAAUGUAUCUAUUACAAAUUUGGAAGAUCUAUCUGCGCUAGCCAAUCUAAAGCUUGGUGUGGAUCCCAAAAGUUGGGGUCUAGCUUCAUUGACUGAAUCACUCCUUUGCAAAGAGCUCCCUAAGCCAAGCCAUCUCAGAUUGGGAAAUUGGGAGACUCGAGUUUUAUCCAAAGAGCACUUAUGUUAUGCUGCCACAGAUGCUUUUGUUUCAUGGCACCUAUAUCAGGUGUUGAAAAGCCUUCCCGAUGUCGUUGAUGAUAGAAGCAAUGAACCAAAGCACGUUGAUAGAGAGUGAGUUUGUUUUCCAACCAUUUGGUCCGGUCCAACCAGCUCUCUCGGUGCUAUUAUUAUGUAAUCAAUUGCAAAACCAAUCUUUUCUUGUGAAGAGGCACAAUGAAGGUACUUAUUGCGUACUAAUACACCCUGAAUCGUAUAUUGUGGAGGGAGUGGCAUCAGUUGAUUAGUUCUUACAUAUUUUUUUGGUUUAUUAUGUUAUAAGAGAUGGAGUCCCUUUUGUUUGGUUCCCAAAAAGUUUCUCUUUUGAAACCAAUGCUUAUGAUCAGAAGCCUUGUUUAAGGGCGAUCUUAAGCGGGAGGUUUAGUUUGAUACGGCUGAGUUCCCCAUUUCAACACCAUGCAAGAUGUUGGGCAUUCAAAUUGAUACAGACAAAUUCCCCUUUACAGAUACGUUCACCAGAUAAGUUAUUGUCAGAAGUGUUGGAGGAAUUCAAAUUGAUCUUGGGCAUCUUCAAAAUGUCCAGCGGCAUUGGAUGAUCUUGCACAGUAGAGCUACAGAAGUUUGAAACAUGUCAUCCAUUAACUAACUCUAUUAUUGUACUUCAUGUUUAAUUUUUUUUGGAUGUUGAAAGAUUGCUAUUUGAAGUUAAUGUUUUUUUCCUUUUCUUGGGGAACUGUGCUGGUUCACUGGAUUUACUUUGGCAUCGUUGGAUAAGCCACAUUAUUUGGUUGAUAGCCAUGUUUUUGUCAAAAGUGAAUAUGUUUGUAGCAUUGUUUAUGUCUUUAUGAAGUGCAGAUUUUGGAUAACGUUAUUCAUCUUUUUUAAUGGAC